AUGAAUUGUCUCCUUAAAGUUGCUGUUGUCUAUUUAUGUAUAACUCAAUUUAUUUGUGUAGCCGAUGAUUCUAAGGAAGUUGGCAAAUGCCGAUAUUACAAUGAUCCGCAUCUUAUUCCGUUUCCAGUAUCACCUGGAGCUAGUCAAGAGCAGUAUAUAUGCCGUAAUAAUUGCACUGAAAUACUUCUCAAAAAUGAUUUUGUGCAAAUAAUUGUUACUCCUGAUCCGGCAGGUGACUAUCCUAUCGUUGCGUAUACUUUGAUAUUUUUUGCUACCGGUGGAUAUUCGUUUCCUUGUGUUAUUACAAACAGCAUUGCAAGUCCAUCCGCAUCAUUAACAUGUCCACCAGGUACUCCUGCUAGUACUAUAAUGACUGGUUCGGGUCAAUUUCAUACUCAUCUGACGGAAAAUAUUCAAGUCGAUAUUACCACAAGGGGAGCUCAUUUCAAUAUUGAGAUUACUCAAUCGUUUGAUCUUAUUUCUCAAUCGGAAGGUGUUUGUAUUAAAUGGGACUGCGAGUUCGAAUAUAAAAUUGGUAAGCGUAGACGGAGACAGGCAUCAGCAGAUUCUCUCAUCGAUCAAAUAUGUGGUUGUUUCAUCGAUGCUGGACGAGAACAAGCUUUGGGUGAAGUUAAUAUCGACUACCUUAAAUAUUUACGCGUUGCAUGUGUGUACGACAUCAACACAACAUUUGAUCACACAGUAAUGUCAUAA